UUAAAACCAAAACACCGUUGCUGUUAGCUCAGCUCUGCUAGUCUCAAACGUGUGUGUAGGAUCUAGUGUAUAAAAUAGGACAAAUACUUUUUGUGAGCGAUUACAGUUAACAGGAGACGAACGUUGAUGUCGGUUUCUCAUCAAAUAGCAUUGAACACCGAGCAAAGAUAACUUCACUAACUUUUCGCCUCGCUUGCAGGCUACAGAGCGAGCAGACUAGGAGGUAGGAGAGAGUGAAGGGUGGGCGGGUUAGGCUGCAUGCAUUACAAUACUAAUACAAUUGUAACUUACCUCUUUCCAAAGAUGCACAAAAAUACUAACCAAAGUACCACCUCUGUCAGGGUUAAUUCAAAAGGAGCUCAGUAGAGAUGUCAGUGGAGUUCCCCCUGUCACCUCCUCCUCCACCUGCUCCAGGUCCACCACCUCCACCUCCAGCCUCAUCCCCCAAGAAGAAGCUGUAUCAGACCAUAGCCAGUAGCAGAAGUGCUGUGGAGGGGAACCACACAGAGGCCCGCUUACUGCUCAGUCAGAGAGAGAGCAGUUUCAGGAAGGACCUGCAGUGGAUACUGGUGAACACAUAUGUGCCCUCCCUCAUCCAAGAUGGUCCACAGUGCGGUCUGGUGGCUCUGUGGAUGUCCGCUCACCUCCGAAAGCCUCAGCUGAGCAUCGACAUGGAAACUGUCGUUCAGACGGCACUGAGCAGGGGAUACACGGCGCAGGGGGAAAUGUUCUCAGCUGACAACAUGGCCCUGCUGGCAGAGGAGGUCUGUGGCUGUGAGGCAGAGCUGCUGUCGGGGGGUUUAAGUGGUCAUAAUGCUGCAGCCAUCAUCACACACCUGUGGGGGAGACAGCCUGUUCUCAUCCCAUAUGAUGAGGACUACAACCACGAGCCAUGCCAGCGGAGCGGCCACAGGGCGCACUGGGCAGUCGCUUCAGGUGUUCUCCUCGGUGUGGACCAGGGGAGCGUGAGCAGCGAGCACACCCGGCCUGAUCCCACUCUGCCCUGGCUCUGCCUCGCCGUGGACAGCAGCUCUGCUUGUCCCGUCGGCAACGCGGCACUCAAAGAGGUUCACGUCCUGGCUAAGCAGGGUAAAAGCCUGCGCUACCAGCUGUGGAGUCUGGACAGCAUAGCUCGGAGUAACGAGCAGCUGAGGACGAUGGACCCUCAGAGAACGACUGACGGGACCCAGUAUGUGGUUCCUUGGGGAGGGGUGGAGGCCGGGCUGGCUGGACGGGCGGUGAUGCUCCACACAAGGACAGAGAAGCGGUGAUACAUGUGACGCAGGAGCCGGCUGUGUGGUAAAGGGCUUUACAGAGACUCACUGUAUGUGCUACUGUUGUGUCGAUUGUGGAUCCUGUUCGGGGGAAUUGAGGUGAAGAUACGAGCGAGUUUCUGUAGCUGUGUUGAGCCCUUUGCAGGCCGUGUUGUGGGCAAAUUAACACAUAGGAUGGCAUUAUAAAAACAAAUACUGGAUUUGCACUGUUUCAUCAAUAUGUUGGGAAAAAAACUACCUAAACUGAGUGCAGUUCUUUUGGAUAUAGGGAAUGUAUCGGGGAUAUAUGGGAAUCGGUUUUUUUUUGUCAUGCAGGUUUACAAUGCGACACAUCACUGACUGAAUGGAAUAUAUUUGUACGAUAAAUUGUUUGAAUUCUUGAUUUAAUACUUUGUCAUCUUGGUUCACUGCCUACCUGUAAAUGUUUUGGGAUAUUUAGUAAAAUGAAGAUUCAAACGCUGAAAUCAGAGUGUGUUUACAAAAGUGUGUGUGUGUGUGUGUGUGUGUGUGAGUGAGAGAGAGAGAGAGACACUGACAACAGAAAAAACAU